UUUCUAAGAACCGACGUAGAAAGUAAAUUCAAGCUCUCUCUCGACGACCCAGACGCGUCUCUCUCGUCGUGGAACUCAAGGGACGCCACCCCUUGCAACUGGUAUGGAAUGACCUGUGCCGGCGACGCUUCGAACACCACUGUAACAGCAUUGGACCUGUUGGACACCAACAUCGGAGGCCCAUUCCUCGCCAACGUUCUCUGUUGUCUCCCCAACCUCCUUUCCAUAAACCUCUUAAACAACUCCAUCAACCAAACGCUCCCUCUCGACAUCUCCCUCUGCCGCAAUCUCCGCCACCUCGACCUCUCCCAGAACCUCCUCACCGGUCUCCUCCCUGCCACGCUCCCGCUCCUCCCCAACCUCCGCUACCUCGACCUCACCGGCAACAACUUCUCCGGCCCCAUCCCGGACUCCUUCGGAACCUUCCAGAACCUCCAAGUCCUCUCCCUCGUCUCCAAUCUUCUAGAAAGCACCAUCCCCCCCUCCUUGGGAAUGUAUCCUCUUUGA